UCCGGUUUAUUCACAUUCUUUAUUACGGCUCGCCGAUACUAACAGUGGAUCACUUCGCAAGAGGCCACGAGUGAGUCUCGGUAUACAGACAUCAGUCCAUCAAUACACGUCCAUGCUUGGAUGAAAACCCGGGUAACUUGUGCAGAGAGGAUGAGGGGUCAACUUCUAUAGAUAUCAUUUGUACUAAUUUAAAGAUUACUUGCACAACAAAUCUGGUGUGCUGGUCUCUCACCAUGGAAAAUACAAUUCUAUCAAAAGAACAAUGCAAUCAGAUAGAAGAAAACAGAAGAAGAGCCCUGGCUAGACGACAGCAAUGUCAGGCAAGACAAACACAUCUUGCUCAAGCAUCAAAGUCAGCUGCAGUUUCAAUGCUUUCUGUUGUGAACAGAGCAAAUGUUACAAUCCCAUCAUCAGUUCAAGUUAGGCCUUCUAAUCCUUCUUCUACAACAAAAAGAUUCAGCAGCAACAAAAGCCCUGAACAGCUCUUUCCACUUUCAAAUAGUGGAAUAAAGAGCUCCAAGGACAGUGUUUUGAGUUCUGGGGCUUGUGACAGCAAAGACAGUAAGAAUGUAGCAAAAAUCCCAAAAGAACAAAUCAAGGAGACGAUUGCAAAGAAACAGUUUUAUGGAUCUGCUGGCCAGACCAUAAGAGGACACUGUGUUUUGAUAUCAAGAUAUAGAUUUGAAGUGGUGGUUGUGUUUUCACCCCUGCUAGUAGAAAUCUUCAAAACAAUUCAUUCAAGACUGUAUGAUUCAAAAAGCAGACUAUGGCAGUUUCAUGUUACUGAUCAUGACACUCUGAUGAGAGCAGUUAGCAGCUUGAAACCAAAUGUGGAGAUAGAGCCACUGCCUAAAGCAAUUUUGCAGGUCUUCAAUUCCAGAGAAAACCAAGAAAAAGACAGCAUUCCCCAAGCAGAUCUUUCAAAAGUUGAUUCUGUUUUAGUGAACACUCUUAUGCCAUUCCAGAGGGAAGGUGUAAAUUUUGGUGUCCAUCAAAGGGGGCGAGUACUGAUUGCAGAUGACAUGGGCCUUGGCAAAACAUUACAGGCUAUCUGCCUGGCUUGUAUUUACAGAGACAAGUGGCCAUUGCUGAUUGUCACUCCAUCUUCAGUCCGCUUUGAUUGGGCACAACAGUUCAAGCGGUGGGUGCCAUCCAUUGACCCAUCUCAAGUGCAGGUUGCAGUUAGUGGUCAACAUGUCCCGACAGCUUCCUUGGUCAGCAUAAUCAGUUAUGACCUCUUGUCUCGAAAAUCUAAACAACUUGCAGAAGCUAAUUUUAAAAUCAUCAUUAUGGAUGAAUCUCAUUUUUUGAAGAAUUCAAAGACAAUGCGAGCAAAGGCAGCUUUGCCACUUUUGCAGAAAGCAAACCAUGUGAUUUUGCUAUCAGGUACACCAGCUCUGUCACGACCUUCAGAACUUUUCACACAAAUUGUUGCUGUUUGUCCACGCCUGUUCAACUUUCAUGAUUUUGGAGUUCGAUACUGUUCAGCCAAACAGCAUCAAUGGGGAUGGGAUUAUUCAGGCUGCUCUAAUACAAGGGAGCUUCAGCUCUUGCUUGAAGAAAAAAUAAUGAUAAGGCACUUGAAGCAGGAUGUACUGGCUCAGCUGCCAGCUAAAAGACGUCAGAUGAUUGUGCUGGACCCAGAAGCUGUGACCUCUUCACGAUCUUUUCAUCAAACAUCAUGUGCUAUGGAAAAAAAUAUCUCGUCAGCAGAGAAGAGAAUAGUUUUAAUGCAGUACUUUCAUGAAACUUGCAAAGUCAAGAUGUCAGCUGUCAGGGACUAUGUUGCAGACAUGCUUGCUGGAGAGAAAAAGUUCAUCAUCUUUGCUCAUCAUCAAGAAAUGUUGGACUGUUUAGAGGAUUUAAUUUCCAAGGAAGGCAUCGAAUACAUUCGUAUUGACGGAAGAACAACAGCAGAACAGCGAAACCUUUUUUGUCGAAAGUUUCAAAAUUCUGAUGAAUGCCGUGCAGCUAUACUUUCUAUUAUGGCUGCUAAUGCAGGGCUUAAUCUUUCCGCUGCUUCCAUAGUCAUCUUUGCUGAGCUAUUCUGGAAUCCUGGAAUUUUGGCACAAGCAGAAGAUCGAGCACAUAGGAUGGGACAGAAGGACUCAGUGAUAGUAUACUACCUGGUGGCACAGAAGACUGCCGAUGAUUACAUCUGGCCUCUGGUGCAAAGCAAGCUUCAAGUUCUUGGAAAAGGCCUUGCUCGUGAGGACUUCGCACAAGCAGACACUGCACAUAUGCAGGAUUCUAAGCAACUUGGACUUCUGGAUAUGUUCAAUAAAUCUUUUAUGGAGAAAACUACAGAUGUAGUUCUUCAGAAUGGUGAAGAUGGUGCACAAGAUCCUGUAACCACAGAUCAAGACAAACAAGAUACCUGCUCACCAAAAAGCGUAUGA